ACGCGGACGCUCCCACCCCACCCACUACAACCAUGUUUAUUCUGCUGUAAACGGGUCAACGAUACGUCCCAGCUAUCAAAAACCAAAAACAUAGUUAAAUACAUCGGUCAUUAAUGUGACUUUCACUAAUCACAAUACAACGCGUUUUCGUUGCCGUCGUGGUAAUUUGUGAAAGUGACUCGGGUUCUAUUUUCUGACGUAGUCAAGCUCUUAUUCUGCUGUUUCAAGGCGAACCAACACCCCGUUAAACAUAAUUCAGACAGUACACAUGCACUUUGUCCCUCCAAACAUCGUGGGACCGUUUUUGAAUCAGAGAGAAUACUGAUUCUGAACGCUCGAUCGGAAGACGAGGAGCAGUGAACAGGUAGACAGCGGGAAAAGCAGUGACUGAGACCAUGAAGACGGCAGUUCACUUCCUCCUGGUGCUUGGCUCGCUCCUCCAUGUCACCAUCCGAGCCCAGGAGCUGAGCUCUGAUGUCACGGAGCUGGCCCUCAAGAACGCGGAGUUCGCCAUGAGCCUGUACCGCGAGAUCGCCAGCGCCAGCGACGACAACGUCUUCUUCUCGCCCCUGUGCGUGUCGUCGGCCCUCGCCGCUCUGUCGACGGGCGCCCAGGGGGCCACCCGCGAGAAGAUCCUCCAGGGGCUCGGCGUCGCCCCCCUGGAGCAGGACGGCCAGCCGGAGCGGAUCCCGGACCUCUUCCAGAAGCUUCAGGAGGCGGUGACCAAGAACGAGGCGCUGCAGUUCGACCAGGCCGCCGCCCUCUUCGUCCGCCAGCAGCUGGAGGUGGAGACGGCCUUCAGCGACCUGAUCAAGAAGUACUUUGGCGCCGACGUCAACAAGGUGGACUUCGCCAACGCGCAGGCCAGCAAGACCGCCAUCAACGAUUACGUCAAAAGCAAGACGGGGGGCAAGGUGAUGGAGGUGGUCGGCACCGUGGACCCCCAAACCGCGCUAAUGCUCAUUAGCUCCGUCUUCUUUCAAGGGAACUGGGCGCUUCCAUUCAGCACCAGCUCCUCGCCAGAGGAGCGUUUCUUCAUCAACAAGUACAAAAUCAUCCAGGUCCCCAUGAUGUUCAACAGUGACAAGUACUACCUGGCCUACGACCCCGCCGUGAAGAUGGGCGCUCUGAAGCUGCCGUACCAGGGGGGCGUGGCCAUGCUCGUCCUCCUGCCCGACAAGGACGUAGACUACACCUCCGUCGACGAGGUGCUCACCGGAGAACGCUUCCUCGGCUGGAUAAAGAGGCUGAAGAAAACCAUACUGGAGGUGCAGCUGCCCAGGUUCUCACUGGAGCAGUCGUACGCUUUGAAGGCGGUCCUGUCUGACCUGGGCAUUUACAACGUGUCCGAGAGUGCAGACCUCUCCGGAGUGAGCAAGGAGCCUAAUCUGAGCCUGUCAGAGAUGAUUCACAAGGCCAAGAUUGAGGUUAAGGAGUCUGGCACCGCUACCGCGGAAACCGGUCUCAACACACUCUCCGCACCCCCCCGCCUCAUCUUCAACAGGCCCUUCCUCUUUGUCAUCUACCAUGAGGCCACCAACAGCCCUCUGUUCAUGGGCAGGGUCAUAGAUCCCACCAAGAAGUAACUAUUCCAAUGGGCAGACUGCUGAACAAGACUCUCCAUUAUCCCACUUUAAACUUGCUUACUUUACAUCUGUUUCAGCUAAACGUAGCGUUUGCUUUUGUCUGCCGUGCACUUAUGAAUAGAAUAAUGUGUAUUCAUCUGUGACAUCCAUAACUCAUCAAAAGCAGACAAAGCUAAUGUAAUUGCAGAGAAAUGGAUGGUCAUCCACAGGACACUCACAUAGUAGAGAUACACAAAUUAAGGAUGUUUGCUGUGUUUUUAAAGACCCUGUCUGUCACUUUUUAAUAGUCACAUCAUAUGAAAAUGACAAAGUUCUUAUACUGCCUAUUUGUUAUUGGUCUUCUGAAGACCAAACUGCUUGCAUUGCAUUAUAGGAAAUUACAUUUUAGCCAAUCGUAGUCAUCGUAUCUGUUUAGUGGGCUGCCAAUCAAAAGUGAUCUUGUAGUGAAUAUUCAUUAUAGGCCAUUAUACACAUCUUGUAAGUUUUCCAGGCUCUCAUACUUUUCCUCAAAGGAGAUAUUAUUUUUCCGUUUAUAAAUUUGGAGACCUUUUUUUCAUAAUGUGGCUUAAUGAAUGAACUUUAAAUGUUGAAAAAGUGAUAUACAGGGUAGCAGAACACACAUGCAUUAACGCAGUUAUUAUUUAUGCGCUGCUAAAUGUUAGAGUAGAAAAAUCACGUCACUGAAUUCCAGGUGUGUUUUUCUAUCAGUAGAUUAUCAGAUUUUAGAGCACAUGAAGUUUUUAAAGAGGUGUAAUAAUUAGCAUUCCCUUACUAUGUCUCAGUUGGAAACAAGGGAACAAAUGUAAGAUGCUAUGUUACCUGAAAUGCUAAAUAAAUGACCUUCCGUUCUACAAA